AUGUUUCCUAUUAAACGCCAUCUAUAUUUUGUAUUACUUGUUUGUUAUGAAGGAACAUUAGUAUUUCAUCUUUGUUUUCCUUUUGACCAUUGGUCUUUAAUUACUCCUGUUAUGAUUGUUUAUUCUGUUUAUUUAUUUAUAUAUAUUAUUCUGGGUUCACCUAUGUCUACUCAACAUAAAUCUCGUGUUCUUCGUGAUCCAGCUAAUCCACCAUUAUACCUUAGUAAACGUGCACGAACAAAUUGGAUUCGAAAUGCUGAAAAAGAAUUAAAGAAUUAUCGUUAUAAACAACAAUAUCCACCGUUUUAUAUUCCUGAUCAUUGUUAUCGAAUAUUUCACGUACAUAAAUUUACUAAAUCAUAUAUCCAAUGGAUUAUGUCCUUGAACAUUUUAAACAUUGUUGUUCAUACAGUAUCGAUACUGAAUCAGACUGUGAUACUUAUGAUAUCGCUUUGA